AUGCUUAACCUACCUCGCGGUGGUUCUGUCCUUAUUGAGUUUGAAUAUGAAAAGUUAAUGAAGCGAUGCCACCAUUGUUACCGUUUAACGCACGAAAGGCCAGAUUGCCCUGUUCUCCACAACCGCAACAAGACUCCGAUUGUGAAAAAACAGAGUGCUCCUCAACGCCCUGACCAGCCUCAAUCCUCUUCGGGCGCUCAUUCUGUAUCGUCGGGUCUUAAAGUUCCUCUAGGGUUCACACCUCUUUUUCCGGAACUUCCAACUGAGGAACGUAAUGCAGCACUUCUUUACAUAUCACAUAGUGAUGAAACGGAACGACUUGCCAGAAUAGCUCGUGUUCAGCAGUCCAUACCUAGUGAUGCAGUCGUGGCCUCUCCUACAAUCACUCAUGAUUUAUUGAAGGGCAAGGGACAUGUCUUUACUUUUGAGGAACCUCAGAGGCUUUCGAAAAAGCAGAAUGUCUCUGAAGAAAGGAGUAAUGCUCCUGUUGGUCUGCAAAGGUGCGACAAUAGGAAGGAGGUGAGCUCUGCUUCUGAACUUGAAGGCGCCUCCUCUUCAUCUCUUCCUAGUCCUACGGGUUUCAGUAUUGGUACUUCGCAUGAGGUCAAAUCUGCCGGGCCUAGGAGUGGUGUUAAGAGUAGUAGGAAACGCCCUCAACGUUUUGAAACGUCUAGCGCUUAA